CUCAUUAAUUGACUCCGUGGCAUUGGCAUCCGCAGGCUCAUCGAUCGCUCCGAUCACUGCCGGCCGGCUCGCACCGCGUACCCGUGGCGCUCGCCAUGCAAGCCCUCGGGCACCCCACCUCUGCGUCGGAACUGAGGGCGCUCGCCUGGACGACGGUCCUUGUUCCGAUGUGCGCGGUGUACGCGCGGUCCGCCAGCCGCCGCCUCCGUCCGGGCUGGCCCCGCCUCGCCGCACUCCUGCCGACGUUCCCCGUCUUCAUCUACCUGCCGUGCAUGUUCAACUCCCUCCACCUCCGCCUCUUCUCAACCUUCUUCCACACCUGGCUCGCCGCCAACAAGCUCGUCCUCCUCGCGUUCGACCUCGGCCCGCUCCACCCAUCCCUCCCGCUCCUCCCGUUCAUCCUCUGCGCCGGCCUCCCCAUCAAGCUCCGCGCCGGUCCGCAGCCUACCGAGCAGUCUGCGCCGCCAGGACCGCCCGUCGCCGAUUUCCUUGUCCCCUGCGGUCGCAGCGUUCUCUUCCUCACCGGCCUCGCGCUGCUCUUCCCACACACUGGUUCGCUCCCUCUCUACGUCGUCCACUACCUCUACUGCGCACAAAUCUUCCUCACGCUCGAUCUCGUCUUCUCUUCUGUCGGCCUCGUCGCCGCUGCCGUGCUGGGCUCGGCCAUGGAGAGGCAGUUCAGAGCGCCGCUCGUCGUCGCGUCGGUUAACGACUUCUGGGGCCGGCAGUGGAACCUGAUGGCGGUGGACCUGCUCCGAGCGUCGGCGUACAAGCCGGUGGGAGCACGGUGGGGCCGGGACGCUGGCGUGUUUGCCGCGUUCCUCAUGUCGGGCGUCCUGCACGAGCUGCUCUACUGGUACAUGACGCUGGAGCCGCCCACGGGCGAGAUGCUGCUCUUCUUCACGCUCCAGGCCGUGUUCCACGUCGCCGAGCGGUGGGCGAGGGUGGCCGGCCUGUGGCGACCGCCCAAGGCGGUGGCGUACCUUGUUGGCACCACCCUUAUGGUCGUCACCAUAUCGGAGCUCUUCUUCGGGCCGUUCAUCAGAGCCGGCAUAGACGUGCGUAUGAUUCAGGAGGCUGCCGAGGCGGUGGAGUUGGUUAGAGGCGUCGCUAAGCGUCUCAUCGUCCGUCUAUUUGGGGCUGGUUCAAAUUAGGGGUAAAAGAGUGGGGGAUAAUAACAUUCAGCUGUCACGAUAAUUAGCUCCAUAUAUGUAGUCUCUCGGGCUUUUCUUACGAAUAAUGCUACAUCUACAAAGGCUUACUUAAAGAUUUUACAUACAGACUGAUGUGUAGGAUUAUAAUUGGUCAUUGGGGGAUGAGGGCCCCAUCCUCAUUAAAAAUCAGGGACGAAAAAAAGAAUUAGUUUUAAAGGUUAAGUAAACCUUUGUAAGUUUUUGUAGGUGUAGCAUUAUUGUUUUCUUACUGUUAAGAUUAAUUAACAUUGUAAUUAAGGGAUUAAUCGCUGCUUGUAA